AUGGACUCAACUGACGAUUCCCAAGCUACACAACAAGCUACCCAAAAUGCCCUGGACCCGCGACGAUUUGGCAAGCAGAACUCUGGCUUCACCGACGAGGACAUCUCCGACAUAGUAUGCCUGCUUUAUCCGAAUAGCGAGAACGCCAGCCGCGAAGUCCUGCGCUUCGCCAAUUCCUCCGAAUACAGCCGCCACACCGUAGGACGCUACACUGCCGACGCGAUCGACUCCGACCUCUACCUCGAGGAUGAUGCGCAGGAUUUCGGUAGGACCCGCGGGCUGGGCGACCAUGCCAUCGUGCUCCGGCUCUCAGCUGCCGUCAAGGAUCCUCGCAUGGGCUUCGCCUUUGGUCGGAAUCCCGGCCGCUGCGACAUCUGCUUCGCGAAUGAUCCGGGCAAGCGCGUUAGCAACGUCCACUUCCGCAUCUACGUCAACCAGCACGGGAGCGUGAUGCUCGAGGAUCAGUCCACCAAUGGCACCGUCGUCGACAACAAGCUCCUGCGCAAGCCAGACCCGAAGCGCCAGUCUUCAGCGUACAAGCGGAUCCUCGAGAGCGGCUCGCAGAUCAAAAUCAUCAUGGUGAAUACAGAUAGUGACCUGAUGUUUCUUGUGAGAAUACCACGCCGCGACGGCGACACUGAGGCAGCAUACCUGCGGAACCUGAAUGCGUACCUGCGACGGGUCAAGGGAAUCAGUGAGGAAGAUCCCAAUCGGACUAUUGGUCCUGGGCCAAGCGGUCAUGUCAAUCUGUUCCCCCCACCAUUCAAUAGAGCCAAGACAAAAGAGAUUGAGCAUACACCGGCAGAAACAAUGCCGCAUAUCCCUCGAGAAUGGAGGGGAGGCGAGAAAUAUGCGCGUGUGGGAGUUGUUGGCAAAGGCGCCUUUGCCACAGUCUACAAGGUCACAUCGAAAUACGACGGAUCCCCGUAUGCUGCAAAAGAGCUUGACAAGCGGAAAUUCAUGAAGAAUGGCGUUCUUGAUCAAAAGGUGGAAAACGAGAUGAAAAUCAUGCAAGCGGUGCAGCACCCACACAUUGUCCAGUACAUUGAGCACUUUGACUGGGAGGCGCACCAGAUGAUCAUCAUAAUGGAGUAUGUGGCAGGCGGAGAUUUGGGCAAGCUCAUCCUGGACAACGGGUCUGUCGUCGAGAAUGCCGGCAAGAUCCUCGCCGACCAGCUAACAGACGCUCUCGGUUACCUGCACGACAACAAGAUUACGCAUCGCGAUGUCAAGCCAGACAACAUCCUUGUGCAUUCGAUUAGCCCACUGGAGGUGAAGCUUACCGACUUUGGAUUGUCAAAGAUGAUUGACACGGAGCAGACAUUUCUCAAGACGUUUUGCGGGACAUUGUUGUACUGUGCUCCGGAGGUCUACAACGAAUUCGCCUCUUAUGACGACCAUGGCCGGCGAACACACCGCAAAAUACCGCGGGCGGAACGUGAGAGAUAUGAUCACGCUGUAGACGUGUGGUCUCUUGGAGGAGUCCUGUUCUAUGCACUCACAGGAAGCCCGCCAUUUCCCGUGAAAAACGGCAUUACUUACACAGAAUUGCUCGACCACAUCGUCAAGCACCCUCUCAACACCAUACCGUUGGAGAAGGCGUCAAUAUCCAAGACCGGUAUCCACUUUCUUUCACGAAUGAUCCACGUGCGGCCAGAGACUCGAGCAACUAUCAGCGAGCUGCGCAACCACGCCUGGCUGACCAGCGGCACUGAGUCUUUUGACGAGAUAUCCGACGAGGACGAAGAUCAUCUAUUGGGACACGGUGCCUCACAGCUGAGCUUGGACGACCGCCCUGCGCGUUACGAUUCGUUGGACGGUGCCGACUCGCUCCAAGAGCCCGAACCCGACUUCUCCAUGGAAUACGAGUCGGAGAAAGAGAACUACACACAGAAUCAAGGAGGCGGCAACCGUUUGUUUGGAGAAGUAAACAAUUCUGCGCUUGGGAGCUCAGGCGCAAUAUCAGAGGAUCGUCUGAACUUGCCGGUGUCAAAGUCAAGCUUUGACGAUGGGACGGACGCCCAAGAGUCGGAAAUCCUCGACAGCUUUGAGGACUCGGGAGGUCUGUCGACGCCACGGCAAAAGGGCCCGCUGUCGCGGAGCGUCUCUGCCAUUGUCGAGACGUCUGCAAAUGGAAACACCAGAAGUGUGCUUCUAGGGAUGCCCUCUCAAAGCCUUGGCGGGGCUUCAUCAAUAUUUGGCGACCUCAACAUGGCGUCACGCGCCAAUGUUUCGGGCAUCAGCGAGUUCACUACGAGCAAAAGGAAGCCCGCAUAUGAUACAAGUGAUGAAUUUGAGUCGUCCGGGUCAUACGUCAAGCCUUCUAUGAAGAGGCUCAAGUCACAAGGCGACACCGAGUCGCGGGUGAGUGACGAUGACGAGCUUGCUCUCUUCGCGAGCGUCCCACCGAUUGCGAAGAACGAAUCUGGCAGGCAGAUUGACUAUCCGCUCCACAAGACAACAUUCUGGGACAGCUCGAAUAAGGAUACCUGGCAUCUUAACUACCCAGAGAUGACACAUUUGCAAUACAACGCGUUUGAGCUCGCUGCAGAGCGAAGGAAGGAAGAGUUCGGGCCUGGUCGAUCGCCUCUCUGGGAGCUGGCCAUGCGGCAUUUCCCGCCGACAACGCAUCAUGCUGAGACCGACAAGCUGGUAGUUCCCGAUGCAACACGUCCUGCUUUGUUGAAGAGGGACAGCCGGACUGUUGACGAAGACUGGGACAUCCCGCCCACUGCACCUGUACCUUCCCGCAGUGACGAUGAGGUUUCCAUACCGGAUACUCUGUCCAUCGACCAUCCAAUACCUGCGGUCGUGCAGACGCUACGCACGCCGAGGACUACAGUAGCGACGUUUCGUUCCGCCCAAGGUUCGCUCGUCCCCAACAUUUCGUUCAAUUUGCAAGAUCCAGUCAUCUCCUGGGGUCGAGAACGAAGUAACACUACGGUCUAUCAACCUGCGACCGAGUCCAAGAUCCCAAAGAACGCCUUCCGGAUUCUGCUGUGGCGCGAAGGCUAUACAGGAAGCACAAGUGACUUUCGGCCGUGGGAUGCUGCCCGCUCCACGUCAAGCAGGACGAUGCGUGCGUCCCCAGAACCAGACACGUUUGCGUUUUACAUCUCGACCAAAGCCACGAACGGUUUGCGCAUCAACAACAAUCCGCUGCAGCCCAACGAGCCGAAGGAGCCGCUCGCCCCGAGCCGCUACUGGAUGAAGCUGCAUCAUGGCGACAUUAUUGUGUUUUGGGGCUCAGACGAUGUCACCCGACAAGCCAAGCUCAGAUUCGACUGCCACUGGGGCGGUUCUUCGGCUCCCCGGCCGGCUGAUGAGCCGCCAACCUGCGUUCCUGAGGCGACGGCGCGCAAGCUGGACCGGCUGUGGCCGAAGGCCCUCGAGACGCUCAACUACGACAGGAUCAAAGCUGACGCGCACGCCGACCAGGACAUGAGGAUGCGCCACAUGGCACGGGAGCAGGAACGGGGACGGCUAUUCGAGCAGAAGCGCGCCGAGGCCGUCCGCAUCCUGGCGCUGCGUGCGACGAUGACGACGGUCAUUCCGUCAUCAACGACGACAUCGGCUUCCGCUUCACGGCAAACAUCGCCGGGGCUAGGCAGCUUUGGAGCUCAGGAAGCAAUGGGCACGAGCGGGACGAAUUUGAGCAGUGCGUCGACGAUAUCGUCCAUUUGA